UUGAAAUUUGUUUUGGCUGCGGGUCUGUGACACAAGUUUACUCAGAGAUCCUGCGAUGAUGAAUAUUUGAAAGAAUACUUUGUUGUAGUGUAAUUCCACAAUGAGUUUUACAAGUGACGAAGUGAAUUUCCUGGUAUAUAGAUACCUACAGGAAUCAGGAUUCUACCAUGCAGCGUACGUAUUUGGUAUCGAGUCUCACAUAUCACAGUCAAAUAUCAACGGCGCCCUGGUUCCGCCUGCAGCUCUCCUCAGUAUAAUACAAAAGGGAUUACAGUACACAGAGGCAGAAAUUAGUAUAGGGGAGGAUGGCUCCGAGAGACUCAUUGACAGCCUCUCCCUCAUUGAUGCGGUGAUGCCAGACGUCGUUGCCUCCAGACAACAGCAAAACCAACAGCAAAAAACUGUAGUCAAAACAGAAAUUCCGAGCACAAAUGGGGAUGAAGGGACCACGGGAGAAAACAUGGACGUUGACAACAGUGUGGAGAUCCCCCUCAACAAGGCAACAAUAUUGAGAGGUCACGAAUCCGAAGUGUUCAUCUGUGCCUGGAAUCCAACCACAGACCUCUUGGCCUCAGGAUCAGGUGACAGCACCGCUCGCAUUUGGAACAUGAACGAUAACAGUACUUCUCCCAAUCAGCUCGUCCUCCGUCACUGCAUCCAGAAAGGAGGCACUGAAGUUCCCAGCAAUAAGGACGUUACCUCCCUUGAUUGGAAUUGUGAUGGAAAUCUCCUAGCAACUGGAUCAUAUGAUGGCUAUGCAAGAAUCUGGAUGACAGAUGGACGGUUAGCAUCUACUCUCGGCCAGCAUAAAGGACCCAUCUUUGCGCUAAAGUGGAAUAAGAAGGGCAACUAUAUUUUAAGUGCAGGUGUAGAUAAGACCACUAUCAUUUGGGACGCUUCCUCAGGGCAUUGUACGCAACAGUUUGCCUUCCAUUCAGCUCCAGCUCUUGAUGUGGACUGGCAGAGUAACAAUUCCUUUGCAAGUUGUUCGACUGACCAGUGCAUCCAUGUGUGUCAGCUGGGCGAGAACAGACCUAUCAAAUCAUUCCAAGGGCAUACAAAUGAAGUUAAUGCCAUCAAGUGGGACCCACAGGGGAAUCUUCUGGCUUCCUGUUCAGAUGACAUGACUCUAAAGAUCUGGUCAAUGCGGCAAGACACUUGUGUACAUGACCUGCAGGCUCACAGUAAAGAAAUUUACACCAUCAAGUGGUCACCGACUGGUCCAGGAACGAGUAAUGCAAAUAUGAAUCUUAUUCUUGCUAGUGCAUCAUUUGACUCGACGGUGCGACUAUGGGACGUAGAGCGUGGUGCCUGUAUACAUACCUUGACAAAACACUCGGAACCUGUAUAUUCUGUGGCCUUCUCUCCAGAUGGCAAAUUCUUAGCAUCUGGAAGCUUCGACAAAUGUGUCCAUAUUUGGUCUACGCAGACUGGGCAGCUGGUUCACAGCUACAAAGGCACAGGUGGAAUCUUUGAAGUGUGCUGGAAUUCUCGAGGAGACAAAGUGGGAGCUUCGGCCUCUGACGGAAGCGUUUUUGUUUUGGAUCUGCGCAAGUAGUAGAAGGCAGUUAAGACUGAGAUGUGUGGUGAACUGUUAAGUUGAUGUGAAUGGGACAGACUCAUUGAAGGACAGAGUGGAAAAAAGGGUAGGACGCAAAAAGUGCUGUUAAGGAAAAAAUGAGAAUAUGGAUAAUAAUUGCAGCUUCAGAAAAUGCUUCAGAAGAGAAGGG